AUGGACCUCAAUUCAUUUUCCAGCGGCGAAGAAACCAUCCCAACCCCGCGCCGCGCCUCCUGCUUCCCUUGUUGCUUCACCUUCCGCCGCUCCACCUCCGACGACUUACCAUGGUGGCAGCGCGUGCAAAACACUUCCUUAUCGCGCGGAUUCAUGAAGAUCCGCGAGUGGUCCGAGAUCGUAGCUGGACCGCGCUGGAAGACGUUUAUUCGGAGGUUCAACCGGAAUAAAACCGGAGCUGGAGGUUACCGUCAAGCCGGGAAAUACCAGUACGAUCCUUUAAGCUACGCGUUGAACUUCGAUGACGGACACAACGGGGAUUUAGAAGAUGAAUCUCCGGAUGAGUUUCCUAAAUUUUCCGAUCGUUACGCAACGGCGCCACUUUACAAGCCUGGUUCCACGGAUUCGGUAUAG